AUGCCGUUUCCGCGCGAGAGCAUGCGCGCCAGUUCCCUGGCAGUCGGGUGCCAGCCCCGCAUGCCCCUCAAGGAAAUGCCCCUGCCCCCCGACUUGCAAGCGCUGCUGAACAGCUUUCGCCCCGAGCUCACCCCGCCGAGCCCCCCGCCAUUGCAUACGGUGGUCCCGGCUGGCCUUCAACCUCAAGAUUGGUUCAUCAACGGGGCGCACAGGCAGUUCCUGCGCGCCAUGAGCGAGCCGAUCCGGCAACCGGCGCAGAAGCCCCAGCCGUUCCCCCUCAGCACGGUUGCUCCGAGCGCGCCGCUGCCUACCAUGCCUCCUCCGCUACUGCCACCGCCGAAGGAUGUACCUGUGCUGCCAUUUAUCCCGCUUAGGGUCUCCAGGGCUCUGCGUGCGGGUUACCGUGGACCUUACGACGGCAGGAUGCAGACGCUCAAGAUGAAGACGCUCGAAGAGCGCGAACGUAAGAAGUGCAACAGGGCCAACCCUCCCACAAAGGGCCAAUUCAAGAGCGCCGGCAAAUGCGGCGAGGUGGACGCGAAGACCGCGGAGAAGUGGUGGAAUAACCGCACGAAGCCCGUGCUGCCCCAAAGGGGCCGCCCUCCAAAGAACUUCUCUCCACCCUCCACGUACACGCCAGGAAUAAAGGAAAGCAUCCACACGAUCCGCUCGGCCGAUCGUGAGGUCUUUGCGUCGACAUUCAUCAUCACCUCCAAGGAAUAUGAGCAGGCUUUGGAAGACCAGGCUGCAGCUGGCGAGCGGGUGUUCUUCCAGACCGACAAGGCACAGGCCGGACCAAAAGGCCAGUCAGACCCCGAGGCGAUCCACCGGAUGGAUGACGCUGAUGUGCAAGUCAAGCUGAUCCCCCCCUCGAUGCACGAGAAGUUUGUGGGUAUUGGCACGAUCGCGCAUCCAAAGCCAAGGAACAAGGAAGCGAACGUGUAUUUGACCGGGAACCAGAUCGACAUGUCCCCGUACAUGGCCAAGUUCGCAGACGAAUUCACGAAGGGGAAGAGGAUUGAUGAGAGCGACAAGAUCAUGGCUCGAGGCGCGAAGAGACAAAAGACGACGGGCGCCUUUUUUCUUGGGAGCAGCUGA